AUAGAGAGACGCUGUUGACCAUUUCCUUGCUAGCCAGGCCUAGAUCGCUGGGCUUGCCCUAAUGAAACACAUCGGAACUCUCGAGGUCGAGGUAGGUCUCCGAAGAUGGUGCGUGCGAGCAUCGUCUACACCUUGUUGGUGCUGGGUUUCCUGUCCUUGUUCAUCUUCUCCAAGAAAGAUCCCCGCAGGCACGGCCUAGGUCGCCGGCUCAUCGUUCGCAGCACACUGGCCUCCAAGGCCAAUGCCAGUCACCACGAGAGCGUGGCGUUCGAUCCGGUGGUUGCGCGGCUCGAGUGGCUGAGGGAGAACAGGGAUUGGGAACGGGACCACUUCCAGGAGCUGUACAAGUCGUGGAAUGAGACGGGGGCGACGCACGAUGGUCAGCAUCAUGCCCAGGGUCACGAAGAGCAGCCCAGCCACUGGGAUGGCCAUGAGGGUGACGAAGACGACUACCUCAACGACGAGCACCAGUUUAACAUCUCACACCGGCUGGAGCUCCUUUUCCCUCUCUUGGACACGGAUCCCAGGGACAACGUGGUGAGCCUGGGCGAGCUGCAGGACUGGCACGUCCAGCAGGCUCGCAAGCUGAGCAAGCAGCGCACCGACAGGGAGUUUGAGAUGCGCGACAGGAACAAGGACGGCCUCGUAUCUCUGCUCGACUAUCUCCCUCACCUGUCCGCCGAGGCCCUCGUGAACGCUAGCACCGAUCAUGGCGAGCCAGGCUGGUGGAAGGAACACUUCGACAUGGCUGACGCCAACGGCGACGGCUUCCUCAACCACACGGAGUUUAACGACUUCUUGCACCCAGAAGACAGCCGUAAUCCCAAGCUGCACCACUGGUUGCGCCGCGAGCAGAUACGGGAGAGUGACCACGACAAGGAUGGGAAGCUGAGCCUGGAUGAGUUUGAUCAUGUGUACGACGUCCUCAGGUAUUACGGGGAGGACCUCAGCCAUCUACACCAGGGACACGAUGUUACUGACAGACGCGACAAGUUUAAGGAGCUGGACAGGAACAUGGACGGGUUCCUCACGGAAGACGAGCUGGAGCCAAUAAUGGGGAAGCUUCAUCCAGGAGAAAGCUUUUACGCCCGGCAGCAAGCUGAGUACUUGGUACAGCAGACGAGAACAAGGACGGGGUGCUGACUUUGCAUGAGAUGCUAGAACAUCCUUACGUCUUCUACAGCACAGCCUUCACGCCACAGGAUUCCCAUGAAGAGUAUCAAGACCAUGACGAGUUCCGCUAACAGGCUAGCAUAGGAUGGUUAUGCAAGAAAAACUAAUUACAGUCGACUAAAAAAUGGUGAUGGAGGCGAUGCUUGCUUGAUUCUCCUGGCCAGACCGAUGCUCAAAAGGCAAAGUUUUUAAUGGCAUCCAGAAAAUCUUCCAAGAAGCACUUCAUCCAGGAUUUUAACUUCCAUGACCACCAUCCUGCUGGUGUGCUUUUUCCUAGAUGCAGCAAAGAUGUUUCUUUCUCAAGGAGGGAAAGGGCGACUUGGAUGGAAGCA